CCAAUUUCCCCUUGAGACACAGACUUCAAUACAAUUGGGCGUGUGCUAGUACAAGAGCGACUCCUUGACACACAUUCUGACCUCGGCCAAGAAUGGGAACAACAACUGAGGCACGAGGCAAUGCUUAUCCUCGUCCUGGCUUUCCAUAGCGAAACUCGAACACAGUCGCCUCAAUCUCUCAGAGCUCAUGUCAGAGGCAUUGUUAGUGUUCCACGUCAGAUUUUAAGAUCCUUGAAAUCAUGGGUGAGGUUGAUUGUAAAGUGAAUGGCAAUGCCAUUGAGGUGGCACCCGAUUCCACCGCUGCCAAGAUCAAGCGGCGAAAGAGUGUGAAGAAGAAAGUGGUCAAAAAACCGUCCGUCAUGUCCCCGUUGAAGAAGCUCCUGAAGGAGAGUGAGACGUGGACCACAUCCGAGCUGGAUUUGUUCUCCAAUCUUCCUACGUCUCAAGAGCGAGUGGAAUUCGUCUACCAUAUCCUACCCCACGAUGCUACGAGUCUGGACUGACUUUGGCCGAUUCAGAUCGUUCAAAAAGAUUCCAUGAUCCGCCGACAACUGAGCGAUCGUGGGAAAGAGUGUUUCUUGAACGGAGAGUGGUCCAAAGUUUUGGAUUUCUACAAUGAGGCUGCACUUUUCAGUACGUGCAAGGGAUUGGGUCACACUAUGGCGCGAAGGGCGGCCUAUCUAUUGCAAACAGGCGAUAUCGAUCUGGCUUUGAGAGAUAUCAAGAUGGCCUUUGACCUCGGUUGUCUAGAGCGAGAGUUAAUGGAUUUCCUCUUGGCCCAUCAUACGACGGACUCGGAUAUUAGGGCUGCCAACAAUGACGCCAGUGUGGAGAGAUCCAUAGAGGCUAUGUAUAAUCCAGACAUUGCCAAUGAGAGUAAAAAAUAUUUCAGCCACAAACUCCGAGCGGACCUCGAACUCAUUCGGACCCAACAAAAAGGUCGACCCACUGAGGCAGAUGUCAAGAAUGUCAUGAUUAGCCUCCGGACUGAGGCCGAGAAGCAACAAGCCGACAAAAAAGACAGUGUACGCUGUCCGUUUCCCAAGAUUAGACCCCCUCAAAUAGAUAGGACCAAUACACGCUAUCCGUCCUUUUCGGAGGCCGUUGAUGUGGUGGUGGACAUGGAUAAAGGCCGCAAGGUCGUGGCUGAGAAGGAAAUAGACAUUGGGGAAAUUAUCAUGACGGAAACGCCCAACACUCUCUUUUUCUGUCCCGAAAUGGAAAAGCUUCCUCUUCUCAAAUCGCAUUGUCUUCAUUGCAUGAGUUACACUAUAGCACCAAUUCCUUGCAAUGAAUGUUGUGUGGUCACGUUUUGCUCGUUGGAAUGUCAAGAGGCUGCCACGUACCACGUGUUCGAGUGCAGAAUGAAGCUCUAUGAAAUGCUUCACUUUAUGGGAGAUGAAUACGCCAGUGUGUUUAUGGCCAUUCGAACCAUUACUCAAAAACCAGCUAAAUACUUUUGGCAAAGGCGCGAUAAAAUCCUAGAUAUCCUGGCUAUGGACUACCCGGAAAUGAGAGAUGAAUCGGAAAUUUGGAGUUCGGAUGCCAUUGAGCCUUUGUUGAGGUUAAUGAGCCAUCAAGACGAAAUUGAACCCGAGGUUUUGAUGAAAAACGCCGUAAUUGCAGUGUUUUUCCUAAGGGCCUUGCAAGCGGUCAAUUACUUUGAGGAUGUCAUGCCACGAAAAAGCAAAACUGACAAGAGAUUGAAGGAACCCGAGGCACUCAUUUUAUACAUUUUGAAUCACUUGAUCAAUACCCAAAGUCACAACUCAACUCCUUUCAUGCGCCUGGUUGAAUGCGCCGAUGCGAGUAAUGUGUGCAUCAAGCAAGACGUAGGAAGACGAUACUUUCGUUGGGAGUAUUUGGGAUCAUCUAUAUCGUCUUCACUUGCCUUGAUCAACCACUCUUGCGAUCCCAACUGCAUUCAAUUCCAUGUGGGUCGCUAUGCGGUUUUGGUACCCAUACGCAAAAUAUCAGCUGGUCAAGAGAUUACUAUUGCUUAUGACAAAAUCCAUCACGAAGAUCAACCUUUGAUUCACCGUCAGCUUCACUGUCUUCGAAAGUUCUAUUUUUCUUGUGAAUGCCCAGCUUGUCACAAUGAUUGGGUUUCUUAUGAGGAAAUGCCAGACACGCUGUAUUUAGUGCCCAAUUUUGAAACAGAAAAACACUUUGUAGUGAGGGUAGGCGACAAGAGAGAUCUGGUGAGAGAUAUCGAACGGCUAAAGUUAAAGGCAGAAAAAGAGUUCCGUGAUGGAGAGGUGGAAAAAUCUAUCGCAAGCAUGAAUGAACUUUCGGAAUAUUUGGAAAACGAUAUCUCCAAACCUCACCAAUACCACAUCCAAGCCAACCAUGUGGCAAUACUAUGUGUCAUGACAAAAUUCCUCAAAGACGUAGCCAAGAUAGUGGAAAGGACCAACUUUAAUAAACAAUUUCCUCCGACAUAUGUCAAUGGGGAGUUUGUUUAUACGGAGAAGCCCACCACAGUGGAAGAAAGCCGUUAUUGGGAGCAUGGUUUUGUUACUCCAAAACCGAAGAAGAAGAAAAUCGUCAAGAAACAAAAGACCACCGAUAGCGACGAAAGUGUUCAAACUAUUCCAGAUCAUGUUGUGAAAGUGGAAUUAGUCAAUGGAGCGUCUGCACUUGGCUUAAAUGCAGGAAAUGGCCAGCCAACGGAGAUGAAUGUAAACGAAUCUCUUACAGAAGAUGAGCAAACACUUCGGAAUGCAGUUGAAAUUUCAAACAACUCUGUUAUUAAUGUCGACCAUGAACUGAUUGCAAAUCAGGACGAUGUCAUAGAAAUCAAAGAUAACAGUGUCGUUUUGGUUGAUGAAAAGCUCGCUUCAGAGGAAAACGAUCAGAUUGGAUUUGUGCCACUUAUUGCAAUUCAACCUCAGGCACAAUCACAAGGUCACGAUCAUCAACCUUUAGGUGAGAUUAGAAGCACUAAUCUUGAAGAGUUGCAAGAGAUGCAUCCCUAUGGCGAAAACAGUUUGAUGAUAUCGAAUACCAUGAAAGAAGAUUCGAACAUCAAGGAUACAAUAGCCCUGAGAUCUGACCCUCCUGCCAAGGAACAUAAGCCCAUGAACAUUCCUACCGACGGUCUACAAGAAGAUGUCAGCAAUGCAAAACAAAAAUGCAAUACCUCAUCAGAACUUGAAAGGUUAUCUUCAAAUUUGGAAGUUGUGGAGAACACACCCGCAAUUGAGGUCCCUUUAAGCCAACCAACCGACACCGUCCAACCAAAUAAACCUGCAUCUGACCUCCUCAGGAAUGAGCACAACAAUGUUGAAAAUGAGCCAGAGCAUCCUUCAGAUCAAGACAACUCCUUCAUGGUUGAGAAUGAAACUCAACUAUCUCUAGCAAAAUCGAUCAAGACUGCAGAUGAGAACGAAACAAUGAAGCAAGCGCAACUGAACGAAAUCAAUGGAGGUACAAGACAAGAGGUCGACGACAAGAUUGGUACAUUCAUACCUACGUUCAUUGAGCAGGGACACCAAUUGUCCCAAGUAAUCAUCCCAGUAUAAUAUGAGUCCCAAAUAGAGUGCUAUCUGUCCGAAAUCCCGUCGAUAAAGAAUUUAGUUAAUGAAGCAUCUCGCAAAACCACUUCAGUCAAUGACAAUGACAAAGACAUAUCCCAAUCCAAUGAAGUCAAGGACGAGACUAAAAACCACGUGUCUUCUGUAAAUCAGAUAAAAGAUCUGAAUGAGCCAGUCUUAUUCCAAUGCAAUUUUGUUGACGGCAAAAAUAAACAAUUGAUCUUUAAAGACGAUCGAAGCAAGACGGAGGAUCAACACCAGGUGCCCAAUGAUAUUUCAGCCAAGGUUUCAAAUGAACAUUUGGCAUUAAAGCCCUCUGAAAAGAACCAUAUUAAUGAGCAAGUCCUAUCCCAGCCCAUUUUGAUCGAGGAUAUGUCUGACCAAUUGACAACUGAGGCCAACUCAAACAGAGUAAGGUAUCAACAUGAAAAAUCCAAGGCCACUUUGGUCAAGGAUGAAGAUCACCAAUCGCCAGUAAAACAGGACAAUUCAAUCAAGGACGAGAAAGAACAAAUUACAUCCAAGGCUAAAGCAAUCAGUGUCCAAAAUGUUCAAGAUAAACGUGAUCAGUUCGGACCCAAGUCCGAUCCAAUCAAAAAUGUGGAUCAAUGUCCUCCAUCCAAGGCCUCUUCAAUCAAGGACAAUGAUUCGCCUUUGCCUACAACUAAGGCCAAUACAGCGAAGGAUGACAACCCUACGAAAAUUGAGCAAUUCAUACCUAACAAUGCUCGUGAACAAAUCACUCCGAAGACCAUUUUAAGCACAAUUGAAAAUGGUCAGUUGCCUGUCAAGACCAAUCAAAUUCCAUCGAAUACUUCACCCAUGACAAACAACCUGGUCAAUGCCAAACAUGGUUUACAAGAAGGCAAGGAAACAAAAACUCUUCAAAGCCUUCCAAUGGAGCAAAGCGGAUCACAAGUGUCAACCUUAAUUAGUGAGGUCCCCGUCCUUAAACCCAAGAACAUCCCUCCUCCGCCAAGAACAGAAAGAAUUCCACCCCCACCAAAACUAGAAAAGAUCAAACCUCCAGCUGUGGAUGAAGAUCUUCUGAGGUUAUGUAUGCUUCAAAUCCAGCAUCAAGUGAAGGUGAAACCUGAUCUGAAGGUCAAUGAUAAGGAUCAAGACACCAAUGAGGCAAGAGCUGAUCCCAAACACAGACAAGGUCGAUGGUUGUAAAGCAGGACUGCUUUUUUUAUUGCUCAACAAGAAACUGACAAUUCCGUAAAAAGGAAAGAUAA